ACGCACCAGCUUCGGUGAAGAUGUUUCAGGUAAAUGAGACGGAGUUCCACGUGCAGCUGUCUGAGUACAGCUUCGAGCGGCACUUUGAUGAACGCGGAGCGAUCCAGUGGAUGCAGGAGAACUGGAGCAAGUCGUUUGUGUUCAGCGCUCUGUACGCCGCCCUGGUGUUCGGAGGUCGGCAUUACAUGAAGACGCGACCCAAACUGGACCUGCGACUGCAGCUCGUCCUCUGGUCCCUCAGCCUCGCCGUGUUCAGCAUCAUCGGGGCGCUUCGGACCGGUUCCUACAUGUUUCACAUCCUGAGCUUCAGCGGCUUCAGGCGCUCAAUCUGUGACCAGAGCUUCUACAAUGGACCCGUCAGCAAGUUCUGGGCCUACGCCUUCGUUCUCAGCAAGGCUCCAGAACUCGGUGACACUGCGUUCAUUGUGCUCAGGAAACAGAAGCUCCUUUUCCUGCACUGGUACCACCACAUCACCGUGCUGCUCUACUCCUGGUACUCCUACAAAGACAUGGUGGCAGGGGGCGGCUGGUUCAUGACCAUGAACUACUCCGUGCACGCACUCAUGUACAGUUAUUACGCUGCCCGUGCUGCCGGGCUGCGCGUGCCCCGCCCCUUUGCCGUGCUCAUCACCAGCGCUCAGAUAGCUCAGAUGGGCAUGGGGCUGACGGUGAGCGGUCUGGUGUACCGCUGGAUGCAGCAGGGGGACUGCCCCUCCCACCUGGAUAACAUCACCUGGGCCACGCUCAUGUAUCUGAGCUACCUGCUGCUCUUUGCCAACUUCUUCUACCAGACGUACCUGUGCCGCCACACCAAGACCACCAAGACUGAGUGAGAGGCGCUCGGCCAGGAGCUCUGCAGAGUCUGGGUUUGACUCGACGGGCGGUGCUGAAGCUGCUGCAGGUUGAAUAUCGGCAUCUGAAGGACAAAAUGUUUCUGAGCAACAACCACCAGCCUCAGGUGUCUGACCACCAACAGCUGAAAUAUCCACAUCUCAACCCCACUCACAAUAUUCUGGUCUGACGUUAUUCGACAUGACGGCUUUCAUCCUUAAAGGAUGACACUUCCUGUUUCUGUGCGUCCUCUGGUCCUGUAGCGUAGUUUCAAGACAGUUUGUUUUCCCUCUGAUUCUUCCAGAGAAACAAAUUCAUGAUAAAACCUGAACGAUCUUUGGAUGAUAUGAUCUGAUUUUAGUUUUUACUCUGCACAGAUGUUUGUUUUUAAGGGUCUAAAGAAUUUUCCUCCACCGUUUACCUGGUUUCACUGGCUGCUGAUUUCAGGAAACUAGUUUUAAAUCUUUUUUUUUUUUUUUUUUUUUUUAAAUGAAGAAGAGCAACAUGUUUGUCUCAUUAAAGAUGAAACAUGCAGUAGUUGGUCUCAAUCUAGAUUUGAUUUUGAUCUGAACCAGUUUCCUUACACACUAACAGGACAAAUGACGACUUACUGGUUUAUUUCUUGAGAAACAAACCUCGUUCUGAUGAUUUCUUCUGUUUGACGGCACCUUAUUGGCUGCCUGAAUUAGUUUUUUCACAAGGUUUUUCUUUACAAUCACUUUGUUUAUUAAAAUUACAGAAGUUUUCACGUUUUACGGAAAUGUCCCACUUGUUUCUGCAGCUGAAUAUAAAUCUAAAAUGUCCGACCAUGUCUUGAGUUUGAAGAAAUGACUUGAGGAGAAUGACGGCAGCAUUUUCACUGCUUGAAGACAGAAUUCAGAACAGUUGUUUGAAGGAAAAUGUUUAUUUAUUUAUUGUAUCAAUUGUAAUAAAACAGUUUUUGAAUUUA